GAUAACAUGGCGACCUCAAUUUUACUGGUAUCUCUUGCAUGUUGCCUCUGUAUGGCAGUGACGGGUCAAGACAACGAGCGCAAGAAUAUAAAAAUGCUUUUUGUUCCGGCGGAAGUUAUGAAAGAGCUGCACAAGAACCUCGCAACAAAAGACUUGACCCAGGGCUUACCGGGCCAGGGUACUCUGCACUGGACCCCAGUCCGUCUCCCUGGCGACAGGAGUCAUACAUUCGAAAUUCGAAUCAAUCCCCACACGGUGCACAAGUUGAAUAUGAACUUUCAGCAUUUUAAAAUUGGUCGGGGCCACGGUCUUCUUCUUGAGCUAAAAAAUGUAACUCUUUCGACGAAAGGAAGGACCGUCUUGGACAGUUUAGUAGAGUUUUAUAAAAACUGCGGAGGGGAAAGAAAUCAUCGGUUGGGGAUGCGCGUGAUACAUCACUCAUUACCUAUGAUACACCGUCACAACCCACAUUCGCUCUUACUACCAGGUGACAUUCCGUUAUUGAAGCGGAUUCAAAACGCACUCGAGCGUUUUUUCCCGAGGCGCCACGACGGGUCGGUAGACGUUUUCCAGCACAAGGAUUCAAGUGGAGCCGUUCAUUUUCUUCCGUUUGAGGAGGUUCGAAGACAGGUCAACAAUCUUAUAAAGAGGACACUGGUUAAGAGAGAUUGUGUUAAAAUCAGCACAAACGCUUUGACUCGUGCUCUCAGUCAGUUCAGAAAGAAUUAUGAUAAGAAUACAACAACCACACCAAGUUUAAAUGAAGAGGAUGAUUAUAGUGAUGAAACUGACAGUGUAGACAAACCUGCAAGGAAUGACAGUCAAGGUGAAGAGACAGAACAACUCCUUUCUUUUUCGCGUAAUCUUAAUCCGCGUCCGGUCAACAAAGUCAAUCUUACUUCAUCUUCCGCUACUAACGUACCAAGCGAUGCAGCAGCGACGAAAAUAGUUACUGCUUUGGCAGAUUUAAGAAAAGAACUCAAAGACUUGUCAAGUGGCCUUAUAAAAAAUAUGAGUCAGUCCAUUUCAAACAACUCUAAGGAAACUGACACCAUGAGCACCUCAAAUAUCGGAAUAAAUACAGAUGACAAAACAAUUGGUUCUAAUGGGAAUAUGGGUAAAAAUAUUAGCAGUGAUAACAACGAAACUCCAGACGAGAAAAGCAAUUCCAACUUUGAAAAAUCUGAUAAAAGUGAAGUAAAGAACGAACGUAAAAAGAUGAGUAGCGACGACGGAGGAGAUCAAAACAAAACAAUAAACAGAAUCAAUAACAAAAACGAUGACAACAACUAUGGCACUAACGACAUGACCAACAACAGCAAAAGCAUCAUAAACAGCAGCAACAUAGAUGAGAGAGUAAUUGCAGUGGCCCUGAAGCUGAAAAAUAUCGAAGAUGAUUUGAAAGCCGAUAUGCAAAAGACUAUGCUUAAUCCCUCUAAGAGUAUUUCGAAAAUUUCAGGUGACUCUACGUCUGCUAUCAAGGAGAUCAAUGCGAGACCUGUCAAUCAAACUGCCAAUCAGUUACAGCGACUCAAGACUGCAACGGAAUAUAGCAUUACUACGAACGUAUCUGCUCAUUUUAAAGUUUCUGAUGAACAAAAAAAUGAGAAGAAACAAACUAAGAUUCGAAAGGAUAACGCAAAAUAUAUAGGAAAACAUAAAAAUCGUCGCAGGAAUAAGAAACAAGUUUCACUUUCGUUUCACUAUAAACCAAAAUCAUUGAGGUUAAAGCUGCGUAAUAAAGGUAGAGAUUAUCUUAAGACUGAAGACAAUGAACAGGAAGAGAAUAUGCACAAGCACAAGGGUAAGGGACGAUUUGUGCAUUUCAUUCACUCACGAAGACCAAAGAUCAAAGAAUUUAUGGUUCCAGAUGAGCGCGAAUCUGAUGAAUACAGGCAAAGAAACUUUCACGACUCUCCUGUAGAAGCAGUAAACAAUGAUGAAGACAACAUGAAAGUUGGACUAUUAAGGAAGCUACGUUGGCUUCGAAUCCACGGACAUGCGCCUAAAGUGCGCAGCCGGAAGAGUCCGAAACUUCGUGUGGUUGUAUACGACGAUGAAGACGAAGAAAAAGAGCCACAUCAGGAACGUUGGCAUAAUAAUGAGAUCAAUGAGUACGAAGAAAAACCUCACGAAGACGAUACCGAAACAGAGUCAGAAGCCGGGUCAGAAUUUGAAUCAGAACACGUGUCUGACUCGUCUCAUCGCUCAGCGUCGUUGCUCAAGGAUGAAGAAAAUACCAAGCCAUACAAUCAAGGAGAGGCAAGUCAUUCUAGAUCUGAAAGUGGGUCUGACAUGCAGUAUCUAUCAGAUAGCAUAGGAGAUGACUCCACCCAUUUAGAACGGAGCGACAGCGGUGUGGACGUACCUGAUUUAGAACCUUACUUGAAAAAACAUUAUGCGGAUGAAGAAGAUGAAGAGAAUGAAGAAAUACAAAUGUAUAAUGAACAAGAUGGAAUCGAUGCACGAAAGUUGGGAGAUUCGAUGGAAAAACAUAUUAGUAAGACGCCAAAGGAGGAUAAUGGGAUUCUAGUCGAGGAGACGAACAAGAUUGAUGAAAAUAACGAUGAAGUAUCUGGUAAAGUACAUAUUCACAAAAUCCCUUUUAAGAUCCAAGAAGACUCAGAGGGAGUGGACACUAGUCCCUUCAAAGAGCCCCAACACGAUGCACUUGGACUGCAGCGAGUAUUGAGGCCCGGACCCGAUUUCACAUCCAUGGCAUCACAGCCGCUCCCUUUUGCCUCCAAUCCGUCUAUGACUACAUUAAAUCAGAACGCCUUGGAUAUGUCCCCAAAUAUGGUCCUACCACCCGAACAGUCGAUGAUGAUACCUGCAGAACUUCCCGAAGCGAACGGGGCAACCACGCCUGUGGAGAGGCCUAGCCCUGCUGCACUCACAGGGCUCAGUUUUCAACCCAGUGUAACGACCCAAUUUAACAGUAUGAUGCCGCAAACACCGUUUCCACAGGUCAGUAGCAUUAUGCCAAUGCAGUCAGCCGCGUCUGAAGAAUCUCAAGUGGCUCCAGUGACACCCAUCAUGCAACCGGGGCAGAUAAGAACAGUUAUAUCACGUGUUAAAAAUCGGAAUGAAUCAGAGUUACACUCGAGACAUGCUAGCAAGACCUCGGGUGUAGGUAAAAAACACAUAAAAUUUAGGAGAAAAGAUGCAGUUAAUGUGGACGCUGGAAAUAUGAAAGCACUAAGGCAGAAAUAG